AUGGAGAAGGUCAAGAACUCAAAAGUCGCGUAUUGGGCGGAUAAGCUCGCCGUGGAGAGCGAGCCCAACCUCACUACCGCACAGCUUAUGCUCUUCAACCACGACUUGAAGCCUGUCGAACCGGAACGUCGACAGUGGGGCGCUUGGAAUUUUGUAGGCUUCUGGGUUGCUGAUUCUUUCAACAUCAACACAUGGAUGAUCUCUUCAGCAAACAUUGUCGAUGGUCUAUCAUGGUGGCAAUCGUGGAUAUGCGUUUGGCUUGGCUACUCCAUCGCCGCCUGCUUUGUCUGUAUGACUGGUCGUAUCGGUGCGACCUACCACAUCUCUUUUCCCGUCGUCAACCGCUCGUCUUUCGGUAUCUGGGGAGCAUUAUGGCCCGUCUUCAAUCGCGCAGCCAUGGCUAGUAUCUGGUACGGUGUACAAGCAUGGAUUGGCGGUACUUGUGUACGCCUUAUGAUCCGCGCCAUCUGGAACAACUGGCGAGACUCAGAGGGUCCUGGUACUGGGGGCAUUACCAACGGAAUUCCCAGCUCUGGCACCACCACUGUCGCCUUCGUAUCCUUCUUCUUUUUCUGGGCCGGAUCGUUGCCUUUCAUCUACCCACCAGUGCACAAGAUCCGCCAUUUGUUCACCGUAAAGGCCUACGUCGUUCCUACUGCUGGCAUUGCCUUCUUCAUCUGGGCUGUCGUCCGUGCGAAGGGGUUGGGCCCAAUCGUCCACCAACAAGGCACGGCUCGUGGAUCUGAGCUGGGCUGGCUGAUGGUCCGUGGAAUUAUGAGCGCCAUUGCAAACUUCGCUACCUUGAUCGUUAACGACCCUGACUUUGCCCGUUUCGCAAAGAAGCCAUCGAACGCUUUCCUUCCGCAACUGCUCACUAUCCCCAUUGGAUUCGCCGUCACUUCGUUCAUUGGUAUCAUAGUGUCAUCAUCAUCUACUGUCAUCUUCGGAAAGGCUAUCUGGGAUCCUCUACAGCUGCUGGAAUCAUUCUUGAAUGAGGGUGGUUCAGCACAACGUUUUGGCGUAUUCUGCAUCGCCUCAGCCUUCGCACUCGCCCAACUUGGCACAAACAUUGCAGCAAACUCCAUCAGUGCAGGAACUGACAUGACGGCACUUGCACCCCGAUGGAUUAGCAUUAGACGUGGUGGUUACAUUUGCGCGCUCGUCGGUCUCGUCAUGUGCCCCUGGAACCUACUCUCCGAUACCAACAACUUCACGACCUACCUUUCUGCCUACUCCGUCUUCCUCUCCUCUAUUGCAGGCGUUAUGAUUUGCGACUAUUACAUUGUCCGGAAAGGUUACCUCCAGAUCAAGGAUCUCUACUCUGGAAAAAAGACUGGCCCAUACUACUACACCCUUGGAUUCCACUGGCGCGGCUACGCAGCCUACAUCGCCGGUAUCCUCAUCAACGUCGUGGGCUUUGCAGGUGCUAUCGGUCGUGACGUGCCCAUUGGUGCGAAGCGCAUCUAUGAUCUCAACUUCUUUGCUGGUUUUCUGGUUGCGAGUAUCACCUACUGGGCAUUAUGCAAGAUCAGUCCUGUUCCAGCGACCAGCGACGUAUGGAUGGAAGUUGGUGAUGAGAUCACAGAUAUCAGUGUCGCAUAUACUGAUGGCGAUGAUGGGUACGAUGAAGAGGUCAUGCACGGCGGAGAUGGAAAAGGAAUUGAAGCGUCAAAGAACUUUUAG